AUGGUGCAUCGACGUCUUCUCUACGAUGAUCGAUUUGUUGUAGGCGAACCUUUGAAUGAAACUGCAUAUGAUGAAGGUCUUGUUGUUCGUGGUCGACAUUUUCUUAUUGUUGAACCACAUGCUUCAAGUGCACGAUAUCAUCGUGUGGGCUCUCAACGUUUAUACAUGCAUCCAAUUACUACUUUUGCACUAAUUCAACAAGAUUAUGACAUUUAUUCAGCUGCUUAUCGUCAAACAUGGUCAGCACUAAUCGAUACAUUACCAUUAAAUGUUCAUUUAUUAACACUAGAUCAAGCUACAUUUGAUUUACAAUCAUUAUUUAAAUCAAUAGGAACAAUUAGUAAUAAAGUUGAAUUAACACUUGCUGCUAACUUACCAUUAGCUGAUAUGAAACGACUUGAUUGGUUAACCGGCGAUAAGAAAUCAUCUAAUAUAACUGUUUCAGGUAUGUUUUCUCGAUAA